AUGGAUGGUAAACGUCCAUACAACGAAACCCCAGAAAAUCGAGAGCCAAAGGUUCCACGUCUGGAUCAAGAUGAAGAUUACAUACACUGGGAUGUUGAAGCCACUUGUUGUUACCUUCGUAUUGAGGGACUUGAAGAAUGGGAGAGCAAAUUUAAAGAGAAACAGAUCACAGGGCUGGCUUUGCGCAACCUCACAGAGUCGCAUCUGAAGGAGAUUGGAAUUGGACCUCUGGAGAAACGCUUGCAGAUUCUCCACAGCCUGCAGAAACUAUGGCACAUCACAGACGUGCCUAUGAAGGUCUUCAACGACCCCAUCCACGGCCACAUUGAGAUGCACCCCCUCCUGGUGCGCAUCAUAGACACUCCUCAGUUCCAGAGGCUUCGCCACAUCAAGCAGCUGGGUGGGGCCUACCUGGUGUUCCCAGGGGCAUCCCACAACCGCUUUGAACACUCUCUCGGGGUCGGGUAUCUGGCUGGUCAGCUGGUCCAAACUCUGAAUGAACGGCAACCUGAGCUGCUCAUAACCAGGAGGGAUAUCCUGUGUGUGCAGAUUGCAGGCCUGUGCCAUGACUUGGGACAUGGGCCGUUCUCUCACUUGUACGAUGGAAUGUUCAUCCCUCAUCCCAAAGUCCGCCCGGGGUACAAGUGGAAGCAUGAGAAGGCCUCUGUGCAGAUGUUUGACCACCUGGUGAAGGAGAAUGAACUGGAGGCAGUGAUGCUGGAGCAUGGCCUGACCCUCCCCGAUGACCUGGAUUUCAUUAAGGAGCAGAUCGCCGGACGCCCGGAGGCCCCAACCACGACUCCCCAAGGACAGGCCCCAACCACGCCAACCAAGAAGUUGCCCUACAAAGGCAGGCUUAAGGAAAAGUCCUUCCUGUAUGAGAUUGUGGCCAACAAAAGGAAUGGCAUCGAUGUGGACAAGUGGGACUACUUUGCGAGGGACUGUUACCACCUUGGCAUCAAGAACAGCUUUGAUUACCAGCGUAUCCUGAGGUUUGCUCGCGUGUGUGAGGUCGAGGGGGAGAAGCACAUUUGCAUCAGAGAAAAGGAGGGAGCGAACAUGUAUGACAUGUUCCACACUCGGAGCUGCCUUCAUCGCAGAGCAUACCAGCACAAGGUCGUCAAAAUCAUUGAAACCAUGUUUGCAGAGGCCCUGGUGAAGGCACACCCCUACAUUAAGAUCCAGGGCUCAGGAGGGAAGAUGUUCUCUCUCUCCACAGCCAUAGAGGACAUGGAGGCCUACACCAAACUCACGGACUGCAUCUUUCAGGAGAUCCUCAACUCAUCCUCUGAUGAGUUGGCGGGAGCUCGGAAGAUCCUCCAGAACAUCAUCUGCCGGCGUCUGUAUAAGUGUGUGGGUCAGACCAGCCCCACCACUCACGUGGAAGGGUCCCAGGAUAAGCUGCUGGAGUGGGCUAAAGAAGUAGCCAGCUCCAAACCCAGUGGUGAAGAUGUGGUCUUGAAGAGCGAGGACUUUGUUGUCAAUGUCAUCUCCUUGGACUACGGCAUGAAGGACAAGGACCCCAUCGACUACGUUGAGUUCUACUGUAAAGCCACCCCGACCAAGGCCAACAAGAUCAACAGGCAUCAGGUGUCCAAGAUGCUGCCUGAGCAGUUUGAGGAGCAGCAUAUCCUUGUGUACUGCAAGCGCACGGACGAGCGCGAACUGAAGGCCGCCAAGAAGUACUUUGAAGAGUGGAGCAAAACCAAGCCUCAGGAUGGUGCAGCCAGGGCAGGACAACACAGCACAACAGAGAAGAACAAGGCCAAAAGAUCCCUUUUGGGUGGGCACGGUGGCGCAAGCCGAUAAGUCCCCCCACUCAGGGCUUCAUUGCCCGCGGGGACACAGGUUCAAGUCUGGCCUGAUGUCAUUUCCCAAUCCUCUCCCCACCUCUUGUCCGCCUCACUUCCUGUCAUAUCUUCACUGUCCUGUCCAAUAAAAAACAAAGUAAGGUAGUAGCUAAAAACAAACUGGUAAAGCACCUUUUAGUCUAGAAGUGUUGAUUUUUUUAUUUUCUUCAGCUUCAACUACGAACACUGUUACAUUCAUUUGGUGCAUAUAUUCCAAAGACCAAAAGUUAUUCUUGCAAUCAGCCAUUGGUUUGUUUUGGACUGUCGUAUGUAAACUUAACAUGUUCUGGACAUUGAAUGUAUACUUAUUUUACUCAUUUCUCCUCUUUCCGAGUGCUUUGAAGCUCUCAUACUUGGCAUAUGAGAAUAGCGGUGUUCAACAUGUGAGGUUAAUUUAGCUUAGUUUAGUGUCAUACCACAGAUUUACCUAUUUAUCCAUAUCAGUGUGUGUGUGUGUGGGUGUGACUUCAUUUUUAAACUUUUGUUUUAGAGUUGAUGUAUUGCAUACUGCUGCUGUAUAGUCCUCCGUCUAUGGCAGUAUGUGGCUUGAGCCAUCACUAUUUACUGGCAUUAACAGAUUAAUUUUGUCCUGGACAGCGGUCACUCUGCAGGUAGCGUAACAGGAAAGGGUUUGGGUGUUAGAUCACGUUUGGUGGUGUGAAUAUGUAGAGUGUGUUUUUUUUUCUGGGUGAACUCUGAACAUUUGAGUGCUUUUGUUUUACAUGUGUAACCUUCCUUUCCUGGUCUGUGUGGUUUUAAUUUGUCUGUGGUAAUGACAAUUGCCUGCCCCUCAAUUGUAGUGUGGGCUUUUGACCUUUGACCUGUGUUGCUAGCAGUACUCUACUUUCUUGUCAGGAAGUGAGUUGACAUCAAAGCUGCUGACUAUCAUGUUUUAGCUGCCAGUUAUGGUUCACUUUCAGGACAAAAAAAAACAAUCAGGAUAUGUUAAAAUAAAAAAAAAAUUAAAGUUUAUCCAUGGAAAAAGAGUGAUGUUUUGACUGUAUCUGACCUCAGCCAUAUAAAUAAAAUAUCUAACCUUG